AAAGUUGUCCUAGGAUGGUUGCUCAAUGCCGUCGCCGACUCUUGCCAGCUGAAAUCAGUCGAGAUUCGGGAGUUCCCUAAAGUCUACGAAACAACAAAUUCACAAAAAAUUUACACCAGACGCGCGAAAGCACGCGCAUCACCUGUAACUUUAUCGGCUUCUCACUCCUUGAUUCACUCAUACGAAACUCCGAUCAAUUGGAACCCGAUCUCUGUAGAUUCAACGGAUCAAAUUUUGGGGGAGUGGCAUCGCAUCAAAUAUGCGGCACAGGGGGGGUUGAACUUGCGAGCCUGAUGUGAAAUGCAGCCAAAUUUGUUUCCAUUUGGCAGUGUUCUUGGAAACCCUUUGACGUACAAUGGUGAUUUGAGCGAAGGAUUCGAGACGUCCAGGUUUCUCUUCUUUGUUCCGUUUUUUCUGCUGCAAGGAGGUGGAAUGGACUUGUCUAAGGUUGGGGAGAAGAUUUUGAGCUCGGUGAGGUCAGCUAGAUCGCUUGGACUUCUUCCUACCCCUACUGAUCGUCCGGAGGUGCAGGUUCCCGCACGUGCUGUGGCUGCGGCAGCUGUUGCCCGUGCACUUGCUGGAUUGCCUCCUCAUCAGAGAUUUAGUCUCCCAUCUAGCUCUGAAGAACUGAGCUCAAUAUAUGGCAGUAGAAGUCAUGGUCACGAAGUAGAGGAACUAGAGGAAGUAUUCUAUGAAGAGGAUUUUGACCCAGUUAGGCAUGUGUUAGAGCAUGUUCCAUCAGAAGAAAAUGAUCUGGAAUAUCUGGAGAAACAGGCUACAACGAGAUUAGCUCAACUUGAUAAAGUGGCUGAACGGUUAUCUCGUCAUGUAAUGGAGCAUCAUGAAGUGAUGGUGAAGGGGAUGCAUUUGGUCAGGGAGUUGGAAAAAGACUUGAAGAUUGCGAAUGUCAUCUGCAGGAAUGGGAAGAGACACCUAACUUCGUCAAUGCUUGAAGUCUCUAGAGAUCUCAUUGUAAACUCUAAUUCGAAGAAGAAACAAGCACUUCUGGACAUGGUUCCAGUUUUGAGUGAGCUUCGUCAUGCUGUGGACAUGCAAUCAAUGCUUGAGUCUCUUGUUGAAGAGGGAAAUUAUUACAAGGCUUUUCAGGUUUUAUCCGAGUAUUUGCAGCUAUUGGAUAGUUUUUCAGAGCUUUCAGUCAUUCAAGAGAUGAGCCGUGGUGUAGAGGUUUGGCUUGGAAGAACCCUACAAAAGUUGGAUUUACUUUUGAUAGAUGUCUGUCAGGAGUUCAAGAAGGAGGGCUAUUUAACUGUGAUUGAUGCUUAUGCACUAAUAGGAGAUGUGUCUGGCCUUUCGGAAAAGAUACAAAGCUUUUUUAUGCAGGAAGUUAUAUCAGAAACCCAUUCUUCCUUGAAAGACAUUGUGCAAGAGGAUCAGGAUGUACGUGUACAAAAUAGUAGGCUUACAUACAGUGAUCUAUGCCUUCGAAUACCUGAAUCAAAGUUUAGGCAGUGUUUGUUAAAAACACUAGCUGUCUUAUUUACCUUGAUGUGUUCAUAUUAUCAAAUCUUAAGCUUCCAACUGGAUACAAAGGAUUCAGUUCAACAAUCUCCUAACAUGAAUCAACUAGAAGAUAAUUGUGACCUUAAUUUAGGAGAUACAGAGGAAUCAACGACAAGAAUUAUGAAUCCUGUUUACGUGGAUGGGAGUGAUUCUAAUAUGGAGUCCCGGACAGAUAGCAGUACAGCAUCAACCAGUGGUUCUCCCUGGUAUCAUCUGAGAAAAGAUGCUAUAAGUUUUGUUUCCCAAAUCCUUCAAAAAGGCCGUAAGAACCUCUGGCAACUAUCAACUAGUCGUGUGUCAGUACUGCUUUCUUCUGUUGCUGUUUGUUCUACGAGCAUUCAUCAAUUCUUGAAAAACUACGAAGAUCUCAAUGUCUUCAUAUUGGCUGGAGAAGCCUUCUGUGGAGUUGAAGCAGUUGAGUUUAGGCAAAAGUUCAAGAUUGUUUGUGAAAACUAUUAUGGGACUUUUCAUAAGCAGAGUAUGCACGCUCUAAAGAUGGUUAUGGAAAAAGAGAAUUGGCUUAUUCUGCCACCCGAAACAGUUCAAGUUGUUAGUUUUGCUGGACUGAUUGGUGAUGGAGCACCUCUAUUUGUUCCAUCUGAUGGUAAGUCGUCUAACACCAAGGUCCGACAGUCAGAUAAGUCAGCAAGCUCAGUCAGUACAGGUCGGGGUAGAAGUGGUUUUUUGCAGUGGAUCAAAAGUGGAAAUCCAUUUUUACUUAAACUAAUGCAUACUUGUAAAGAAGACAUACCCAAUGGUGCCUUUUAUGGAGAAUUGGAUGGAAGUGCUGGUGGAAGUUCUCAUAGGAACUCUCACUCUGAGAAUACUGACAAUCUUGAAAAUGGUGGUCAUGCUGUAUCUGAAGGUGAAGAUGAAAAUGAAGAUCUUUUAGCUGACUUUAUUGAUGAAGAUAGUCAACUUCCAAGCAGAAUUUCAAGACCCAAACUUCCACGAAAUUCUUCUAACCAUAAUUUUGAUGAAGUUUCAGCUCAAACAGGAUCAUCUCUAUGCCUUUUAAGGUUCAUGGACAAAUAUGCAAGGCUUAUUCAGAAGCUAGAGAUAGUGAAUAUUGAGUUUUUCAAGGGUAUGUGCCAGUUGUUUGAAUUGUUCUUCUAUUUUGUGUACGAGACUUUUGGCCAGCCUAACACUACUUCUGGUGGAAAAGGCUUCCCUGACUCCCUCAAUUAUAAAUUGAAGGCAGCUUUAUCCCGGGCUUCACAGGAUUGUGAUCAGUGGAUAAAAUCUAAUUCAUCUUCUCCAUCAGCAUCGAAUUCAACAUUUUCUUUCAACGAAGUUACCCCAAGCCCUCCUGGCAGUAGCUUCGGUUACUUGCAUGGAACAACUUUUGGUCUCAAGGAGAGGAGUGCAGGUGCUGACUCAUUAUCACUUGUGGCAAGAAUAAUGCAUAGGUCUAAAGCCCAUAUUCAAUCCAUGCUUCUGCAAACAAAUGCAACUGUAAUUGAAGACUUUUAUGCACAUCUGUUGGAUGCCGUCCCAUAUCUCAUUGAGCAUAUUCAUAAGAACACUGCAAGACUGCUUCUUCAUGUCAAUGGUUAUGUUGAUCGGAUAGCCAAUGCAAAAUGGGAAGUUAAAGAGCUUGGACUCGAGCAUAAUGGGUACGUUGACUUGUUAUUGGGAGAAUUCAAGCAUUAUAAAACAAGGCUGGUCCAUAGUGGAGUUCGCAAUGAGGUUCAAAACCUCCUCUUGGAGUAUGGACUGGAUCUUGUCGCUGAAACUCUUAUCGAAGGUAUAUCACGAGUAAAGAGAUGUUCAGAUGAAGGGCGCGCUCUCAUGUCAUUGGAUCUUCAGGUUUUAAUCAAUGGCUUGCAACAUUUUGUUUCUGCGAACGUCAAGCCUAAGUUACAAAUGGUUGAAACGUUCAUUAAGGCAUACUAUCUUCCAGAAACCGAAUAUGUACACUGGGCACGUGCUCACCCGGAAUACAGUAAGAGCCAAAUUAUUGGUUUGGUUAACCUGGUGGCAUUGAUGAAAGGGUGGAAGAGAAAAGCCCGGUUGGAAGUAUUGGAGAAGAUUGAGUGAGGCAAUCAUAAUUUUGGAUAAUCAUGAUGUGCCUACAAACCCCAAAGCCAUUUGAAUCAUCCAACUUUGUAUUUUCUCUGCCAUUGGAGUUUAUUAUAGGCUUCGUUCUUUGUAGGAAGGAAUAAUACAUUUGCAAAAUCAAUGUCAACCAUCUUAGUUCUCCAAGCAUUUUAAGGUUAAAGUUUGUAUAGUUAUUAA